ACUGCUAAAAUGCUGUUGUAUUUGUUGCUCCUCGCAUUCUGGGCCUUUUUGUUUGCCUAUGUCGUCAGUAAACUGACGAUGGGACGAGUCAAAAGUCCCGUCUGCCUGGUGGGCAAAACCGCCAUUGUGACAGGAGGAAAUGAAGGCAUCGGCUUCCAGGUGUGUCUCAUGUUAGCCUCCAGAGGCUGCAGGGUGAUCAUAGCUGACGUGGCCAAUUCGGAGGAGUCGAAACGUAAAAUAAUAGAGGAAACCAACAACCCGAACAUAAUCACCAAACACAUCGAUCUUGCUAGUUUCAAAUCAAUACGGGAAUUCGCCGAGGACAUCAUCAAAACUGAGACCAACCUAGACAUAUUGAUUCAUAAUGCUGGCGUCAGUGUCAGCCUCCCAACUACCACCGGUGAUGGCGUUAACAAGACCUUCCAAAUCAACUACUACGGACCAUUUUUGCUCACCCACUUACUGAUAGGAUUGUUAAAGAAGUCAGCCCCAAGCCGAGUGAUUUUCACCAGCUCAGCAGCCAGCUUCAUCAACAACCUGUCGGAGGACAACCUGAACCCAAACGAGGUAAUCAACGACUACGUCCAAGGUUCGAAGCAAUACGCCAACACCAAAACCUGCAUAAUAAUGGCAGCAAAUGAAUUCGCCAAACGUCUAAAGGGCACCGGCGUCACCGUCAACUCUUUACAUCCGGGUCUAGUUCAGACGAAGACCAUAACGAACGGUGUGAAGCUGACCAAAAACAUGGGUGUCUUUCAACUAUUCUUGUACUAUAUGACAAUGUUUUUUACCUACACGUUGGGAAAGACUUCGUACGAAGGGGCGCAGACCACGGUCAACUUGGCCGUUGAUAAAAAACUGGAUAACGUAACCGGGAAGUACUUUUUGGACUGCAUGACGUUGUUCGUACUUCCCCCGAACGUCAACAACUCGAAAUUGGCCGAAGCUGUUUGGCGUAAGUCCGAGGAACUGACGCAGCUGAAAGAGUCCGAAAAACUGCGGUGAUGUCUUCGAUAGAACCAACCCAAGGCAAGUUGGUUCUCACUUUCUAGUAAUAAAAUUAAUAUACGUUGUUAAAAGAUAAUUGUUUUAAAAUUGAUUGAUUUUAUAAUGAAUAAUGACAAUUAAAUAAUUAUAAUAAAACGUUCGUUAACCUAUUUGUUAAAGGUUUGUAUUUGAAUAAUAAAUUAACUAAUUACAAAUUAAAACCAGUCCAUUUUAUGCUUCUCCUUCUCCACCAACACUCCAAAAGUGAUCAAUGUUUUAUAAUUGUUCAAUUUAUAUUUUAGAGCUUAACAUUCAUUGAUUUACUUAAAUUACAAAAAUAU